AUGAAUUCCAAGUAUAAAGACAUAUUUAGCGAUGACUACUCCAAAUUCAAAACUGAAGAUCAGCUUGUUGAUGCAAAUUGGUAUCAAUAUAGUGGCUCAUCGGUCUUUAUCAAAAAAUUGAAUAUCAAUAUUAUGAUCAGUAGAAUUGCCUACUCAAUUAUUGGUGUGAAGAAUUAUCCGAUUACAAGUUUUUUAUCUGUUCAGCUUUUUGAUAAUAAUUGGAAUGAAUUGAAUUAUUUUCCAAAUAACAUAAUAAAGGACAAGUUUCCCACAAUUUUAAAUAUUCCAUUUUAUUAUCAUACUAAUAAAGGAGCUAAAUAUUUUGGACCCGAAGAUCCCAGGGUUAUAUUAAAACCCAAUUUUAUAAACAAUAAUAUUGACGAAGAGCCUGUGAUUAUCUUUAAUAUGGAUUUAGGAGAUGAAAUUGAUAAUAUCAGAGCUAUGCAUGCUUAUUUACCAUUUCAAAAGCAUUUAAUUCAUUUUCAAAUAAUCGGGGAAACUGUUAAAAAAAAGGAAAAAAACUGGAAACCCUUUAUUGAUGAAAAAGAUUAUCUCGAUAAUGACCAUUUAAUUGAAAUUAAAUAUCAAAUUGGAGUCAAUUCAAAAUUUGGGUAUAUUAAUUUUAUCUAUAAUAUAUCGCCAUUAACUAUAUUAAAAUGCAAUUUAGACAAUGGAUUAUGCCUAAAAACUUAUCAAGAAUUAGCUGAUAUAAAUAAAAAUACUAAUGAAAACAAUGAAAUCAGUGUUAUGAGAGGAGGUACAAAUUUAUUUCCCAUAAAGGGGUUAUUAAGAGAGAAAUUUAAUAAUAAUUUACAGGAAAUAUUAAAGAAUAAGUUUGAAAGAAAGGAUAUUUGGAUUGGGUUUGCAAAGACCCAUUUGAAAAAUUGUGGAUGUGGUGAAAGAAUAUAUAGACCACAUUUAUUUCUUUUCAGUAAGGAAAAUAGCGAAAAUAAGAAAUAUAAAAUUGAGUUAAUCAGUUCAAGCGUUGAUUUUAACAUUGAAGUAUUAUCAUGGGAUGAAGAAUUGCCAAAUGAUCAAGCAUGUUUUUCAAAAUUCAGUGUUUUAAUGCCUAAUAGUGUAGCAUAUUGGGAUUUAGUUGAUAAUCAAUAUACAGAGGAAGAUUAUAUGGGGAUAACAUUGUCUGAAUCGGAUUCCAAUGUUAUUGUUAUACAUGUCAGAGGUAUGUUAAAGUAUUUAUUAAAUUCUUUAAAUAAAGAAGAAACAAUAUAUAUAGAUAAGAAGUUAGAAAAUGAUCAAGAUAAAGGAAAGAAGAACGAAAAAAAGAAUAAUCUUCUAGUUGAAAUAGAAUCAAGAAAGAUGGUUGAAUGUGUAAUUGAAAAAGCUAAAAGGUAUUGUGAAGAGUAUGGAUUUAGUCAUAAAAAGAUCGAGAAUCUUGAUUAA